AUGUCUGACCAGCAGCUGCCUUGCAAAAGGCCAGGCCAGGUGCACCUCGUCAUCAGCGGGAGGAAGAAGAUGGCAAAGGUAUCCUGGUUUGCUUCAGAGGAUAGUCAGCUUCAAUGUCUUCGCAAAGGAAAAAACAAGGUCAUUGAUAAUAUGAAAUUAAAGCUGCGUACAAGAGCUACAGAAAACAGAGGAAGAUGUCCAUAUGAACCAACUAUGAGUUAUGCCUCCUUAAUGGUUGAUGGUGCACUUUAUUCAGCCACUUCAAAUAACUUCUUGGGUACAGAGCCAAUUAUAUCGAGGAGUUUCAGGAAUCCUUUAAGGACAGAGUAUAAAGCAUCUUGGCUUAAUGAGCCCACUUUUAUUCAUAUGGAACUUAUACAGGAGAAUGAAGCAGUCUCUGACUCUGACAGAAUUUACGUGUUCUUCACGGAAACAGCCAUUGAGUUUGAGUUCUAUGAUAAGCUUCGGGUGUCACGAAUAGCUCAACUCUGCAAAGGUGACCUUGGUGGAAAGCGCACAUUAAAAAAAAGAUGGACGUCAUUUUUAAAAUCUACCCUUAUCUGCUCUGUUCCUGAACUGCAAUUCCAAUUUAAUGUCCUUCAGGAUGUCUUUGUAGUCAAGAAUUCCAGUUGGCGGGAAACCAUGUUUUAUGGGAUUUUUACCCAGCAAUGGGGGAACUUGGAUAUUUCAGCUGUUUGUGCAUUCAGGAUGGAGACCAUUCAAGACGUUUUUCUGAAAGGAAGCUUCAAAGGUCCUGUUGCUUUGGAAGAUUCUCAUAUGAAAUGGGUGAUGUACAGGGGAGAUGUCCCAACCCCUCGGCCUGGGGCUUGUGCCAAUGUUUCUGCUCUACACUUGGGGUAUACCUCUUCACUUGACUUGCCAGACAAAGUCCUCCAGUUUGCCCGAGACCACCCUUUGAUGGACAGUGUUGUGAACUCAGUUGGUCUUCAGCCAGUCUUCCUGAAAAGGGGUACCAAGUACACACAGCUUGUAGUAAGCCAAACCAGUGACUUGGAUAAUGUCACAUAUAACAUCUUUUUGCUAGGGACAGAUAAGGGCUAUUUGCAUAAAGCUCUCAAUUGUCAUGGAGAAAUUAUUAUUGUGGAAGAGAUACAGCUGUUUCCAUCAGCAGAGCCUGUACAGUUACUCAAGCUAGCUUCUCUAAAGGGCCUGUUGUAUGCCAGUUCUCCUUCCCAGCUAGUACAGCUCCCUGUUGCAACCUGCAGCUGGUAUAAACAAUGCUCUGAUUGUAUCUUGGCAAGGGAUCCUUACUGUGCAUGGUCCCUCUCUCUUCACAGUUGUAUCCUUCUGGCUAACCACCUUGGGCAUUCACAAGAUCUAAUCCAGAGCAUCAGGAAUGGUGAUAUCUCCAGGUGUCCUGAAGUAGGAAAGGAAAUCAGAAGGUAUCCUGUCACCCUUGGUAGCAGCCCUCAUCUUAGCUGUGAACCUCUGUCCAACAUAGCUGACUUCCUCUGGACGUUUAACAAGAGCCGCUUGCCGGAAGAAGAGACCAAAUAUCUCAUCCAUACAAAAGGACUGGUUGUCUUCAAUGUAACAGUUGCUGAUACUGGGCUUUAUGAAUGUCAUUCUGUCGAAAAAGUCAGUGGGAGAAAAUUUCGCGUAACAAUGGCUGUCUAUCUCCUUCAGCCCCAGCCAGAGAAAGAUUUCUAUGGUCCGAAGUGUGACUUGUCAAACCAGGUGUGUUCUGAAACGGCAGGUGCAGACAGAAAAUUUUUGGCAGUCCCAGAGACAGAGAACCCAAGACAAAAGCCAUCUAGAAAAAUCCAAGGCUCAUUGUUCAGUUUAAUAGUUAUGGGGUCUGCCUUUGCCCUCCUUUUCUUCCUUCUGCUUUCUUGGAACGUUCACAGAGGCUAUAUCUCCCUGCCCUGGAAAUCUACCUGUAAAACAUCAGCAGAUGCAGCUGAAGCAGCAAGUCCAGAGAUGAGUCUGGAGCAAAUGGACUUUACUCAGACAAGCUCAACCUCACAAACAAUGACUGUCUCCACUGACAAAUCCACCCCAUUGAUGACCUCCUCCAAAGUGGAGUGCAGUGUGAAAAUGAAGCCAAGCAUUAACUCCACUGAAGGUGGGUUAAUCUGUGGUUCUCCAAAUUGUCUGGUCACGGAUGAAACCAAAAUUCCCGAUGAAAGCCAUGAAAUACAUGAUUGCACCAAGGGAAGGAAUUCAACACCUCUUUUAUCCCACAAACUAGUUGCUAUGUAAGCAAACACCUUGUAGCUUUUUUUUCUCUUUAAGAGUUGUUAGAUUCCUUUGGGACCCACCAUUUUUCU